AUGGCUUCUUCUUCUUUAACUACUCGAGAAAAUGAUGUUUACCUUUGUUUUAGGGGCGAAGAUGUCCGCAACAAUUUUAUCAAUCAUCUCGAUAAAGCUUUACGUCGCAAAAAGAUUCAGACUUUCAUCAAUAACCAACUUGAUCCUGGAGAAUGUAUUCCGCGAUCUAUUGUACAUGCAAUGGAAGAAUCAAAGAUUUCAGUUAUUGUUUUCUCAGAAAAGUAUGCUGCUUCUCUAUGGUUUCUUGAAGAGCUUGAAAAGAUUCUUGCAUGUAAGAAUCGGUACGGCCAGAUUGUAAUGACUGUUUAUUAUCACGUAGAUCCAUCAGAUGUAAGGAAUCAAACCGGGAAUUUUGGGAAAAGAUUUGCUAUGAUUGAAGAACAACUUAAGGAGAGCCCACAAACAUUAGUCAGAUAUAAAAGCGCUUUGGAAGAAGCAGUAAAUAUUUAUGGCUUUGAUUGGCAGGUUAUUAGGUGA